UUUGGAGAGAAUAGUGAUUUUAUUAUCAAGCUGGCUGCGUUGCACACAUGACAUCCCAUAGCGAGAAGCGAGAGGAACUACAACUGAAGAUCAUGCUUGAUGAGCCUCACUGAAGAGGCUGCCAUUGAAGAGCUUGGAGCUACAAACAAACUGUCUUCUUCCUUAUCCCGAUUGGACUAGCCACCGGCAACUAGCCAGCACAACAGCGUAAGUUACUUGACUCUCUCUGAGUAUUAAAGGUCGUUGCUUUAGUCCGCAGUGGGACCACAGAUUAUGUGCAUUUCACUGUUGGAAAUCAUGCGAUAGUGAGGACAAUGAUAUAAACGUCGAACGUUGUGGACCCAGCUACGGGUAAGGUUUUGCUCAUGGAAAGUUGUUGGAGUUGGAUAUAGCUGGUUUCAAGCACUUGCUUUAUAGUUCUGGAAGGCCAUCCGAGACUGUAACUCAAGAAAGUCGGGUCAAGCAAGGUACCCUGUACGGAAACUGUUUGAAGGAUACACCUGCUCCUGGCAAGUGUAUCACAUUGAAGACUUUCGAAGGACCAGUAGUUGAUCGACAUCGCAGAGUAGUGGACAAGUUCGCUACGGCUCUUCUGCUAGUAUAAAUUCUUUGGGGCAGUCCUCAGAAUCCUCAGAAUCGAAAGAAGUGAAGAACUAGAAAGCUGAAGAGAAAUGGAGGUUCAUCGAGUGAGAUUGCUGGCUGUGUUGGCUGCUCUUCUUCUCGCAAUUGAAGGUGUUAGUUGCGUUCGGAUCCGCCUCUACAAUGAAUGUCCCUUCACAGUGUGGCCUGGCUGGAUUUCCAACUCCGGGAAGCCACAACUAGGAACCGGUGGUGUUAAACUCGAUUCCUGGCAGUCUCAUGACCUCAACCCCGGUGCAGACUGGGCUGGCCGUUUCUGGGGCCGUAGAGGCUGCAACUUCGACGGCAACGGGCGCGGCCACUGCGACUCGGGCGACUGCGGCGACAAACUUAACUGCGGCAACUCGGGUGGUGUCACUCCCGCCACCUUGGCCGAGUUCCAGCUCAACGGCCACGGUAACCAAGACUUCUACGACGUCUCGCUCGUGGACGGCUACAACUUGCCAAUGAGAAUCAACCCGGAGUGGAACUGCAAGUCGGCUGGCUGUCACAGCGACCUGAACGCUAUAUGCCCCAACGAACUGAAAGUCUGGAAGGAUAACUGGGUGAUCGGCUGCAAGAGCGCUUGCGAGGUUUUCCAAACGGAUGCUUACUGCUGCAGAGGAGCGCACGACAAGCCUGAAACUUGCCCUCCAACGCCUUUCUCCAAGGUGUUCAAGGAUGCUUGUCCACAGGCUUACAGUUAUGCUUACGACGAUUUGACUAGUACCUUCACCUGCGGUACGGGUGGGGGAUACACCAUAACCUUCUGCCCCAGUGGAGGAUUCGAAUUCGGAGCAGCUGGGGAACAAGCUGCUUUCAUUGAGAAGCUCUGAAGCCAUAACUGGAGAUACUGGCUGGCCUGGUUGCGUUUUCAGUGGAGCUGCUGAAGAAUGAUCAUGAAGGAAUGCUGGCUUUUUAAGUUUUUAAAACAGACCGGUUUUUUGCAGCAAAUGCCCUUUCGCGGCAUUUGCUGGAAUGCUAUAUGAAUGAGUAUAUUCUCGUCAAUUGCAUGAGUUUGGAGCCCA